UAAGAUCUGACCGAGAGUGAUUUGUCUUUUGGCGAGCUGCUUAUCAUCAGCUGAUUAGCGAGCGUAAAGAAACUCUUCUGCGCAUGCGCGAAUGAUUUGCAAGCGUAAAGAAAAUGUACUGCAUGUGCAGAUGAUUGGUGAGCGAAAACGUAGAUUCUCCUCAGAAAGAGGCUGUUUUACGAGGAGAAUUGAGUAUGUGAAUUGAGUUGGUCAGUUCCAAAACUCACUAACUCCAAAAUUUUCAAUUUUUUUUUUUGACAUCAUCUGAUAGACAAUUCUAUACCACAUCCAAUGAUACUAUCGGUUUGUUCCAAAACUCUUCAAUUCCCCUUUAAAAGCUGUGUUGAAAAAUGAUGACUGCAACAAAACUCUCCAAUUCCAACUAUCUUACUGCUCCAAAACUCACUUAUUCCAUUCCUACUUCUAAAGUCGCUAACUCCUCUGAUUGAUUAGUCAGCUGUAAACUAUACUGCAACAAAACUAGCUUACUGAUACAAUUUUGCUGUAAUUUGAUUCUAAAACAUUAUUACCACCUAAUAAAAGUUUUAUUCAAUAGUAUGAUGUUGGCUAAACUGUAGGCAAUGUAUCUUGGCUGCACAUACUAGGUUAUUGUUCAUUGUUGUUCACUCCAUUCCGCCAAAACGAUUGAAAUGGUAGCUCCCGAAGUGAUUGUUCAACAAGGUGAAAACGUAUUACGAAUUGUUGAGGGCACUACACGAAAAAGAAAACGGAAUGUGAAGAACUGGCAGGAAACUAAAGAUAAGGAAAAAAGACAUGCAGCACAUGGAUUCCCAACUCUUCCAAACUGUGGCCAUGGAAUAAGAGAAGGCAACAAGAGUGACUUCAAGUGUUCCAAAAUCAAUAUGCAGGACAUUAGAAGAUUCCAUCAAAAUUUCUACAAAACAACAAAUAAGAUUGAGCAAGAUCACUUCAUAAUCAGGUAUGCCAAGGGUGAAGCACCAAAACGCCAUCGACUUCAACAUGAAGACUCUGCAGCACGAGGUAUGGCUAUUGAUUAUUAUAUUCCAACAUUUCGCGUUGAACAAGGUAGAGAUUUAGUGAAAGUCUGUCAGAAAUGUUUUCUGGAUGUCCUUAAAAUCUCCAAAUUUCGUGUUCAAAGACUAUGCAGAAAAAAACUUAUGACUGGGGAGUCACCUCAGGAGCUAAGGGGGGGAGAUCAUCGUUCAUUCUGAGCUGAAACUCACUGAAGUGAAAAAUUCAUUGAAUCCCUUCAUACAGUGGAGUCCCAUUACUGUCAAGGAAAGUCUAAUCGUCAAUAUCUUCCCAGUCACUUGAGUAUUCAACAUCGUUGCAAUGCUUACAAUGAAAAAGUGAAUGAUGAUGAAGGACUGAAAGUUGAAUAUGAAUAUUUUAGGAGAGUUUUUGUUGAGAAUUAUGAUGUGGGGUUUGGUUCACCUGCUACAGAUCAGUGCUCAAAGUGUCUAGAAUUCGAAGAAAGAAUAAAUUCACUUCAAUUAGUGAAGUGGAGAGAUCUACACUGAAAACCGAAUUAGCCAUCCACAAGAAAACGAGCAGAAACGUUUUUUGCUCUAUUGAAAGAGGAGAAGGAGAAUGAGCUAACAUACUCAUUUGAUUGUCAAAAAAAUUUAAUCUUUCCAAAGCUAACUGAUCAAUCUGCCUAUUUUUUGAGACAGUUCUAUGCUCAUAAUUUUACAAUGUGCUUAGCCAUAUCAAAAGCUUGUCAAACUCGAGAAAAUACAUUCAUUUAUGACUGGAGUGAACUUGAAGCUAAAAAGGGUUCAAGUGAAAUAGCCACAUGCAUUGUACAUCGCCUAUCAAAUACCACCUUUCCAGAGCAAGUGGACACAAUAAGACUCUUUGCUGACGGAGCUGGAGGUCAGAAUAAAAACACGAUAGUGAUCACUGCUGUUCUAAACUGGCUGACUGUUGAAGCACCGCCACAUAUUGGAAAGAUUGUUAUGCAUUUUCCAGUCCCAGGACAUUCCUACAUCCCGCCAUACAGGGUGUUUGGUGUCAUUGAAAGGAACCUACCUGACUGAUUUGGGGAAGCCACAAGGAAUUUCUAAAAGAGGCUGCAGAGUCAAUAGAAUCGUUGCUCAAGUAAAAGAAAAUGAUGCUGCUGUCAACCCAAUGAUGUAAAGAAGCUUCUCAGAAAGCACUAUGGGGAAGAAUGGUCGAAGCUUGAGUGCCUCAAAUUUUAUUCAGAAAUCUUCAAUGAGAGAAUGAGAAGACGUAAGCAGGAAGAAGAUGAAGAGGAACCAAUGGAAGAUGAAAUUUUGACACUAGAAGGGGACUUCGUUAUAUAAAAAAUAACUUUUUUGAUGAUACUCAUAAAAAUCCCUUUCAUAUUUCACUUUAAUUUCGAAAGAUAAUGACUGUAGACUAUUGAAAUGUAAUACCUAAUUUCUAUCCUAUACCUAUAAAAAUCAAUUUUUCUUGAAUUUUGUUCUUAUUUUGAAAAUGUAUUAUGAAACGAUAGUUUUUAUUCUAUGCCUAUAUGACUUACAUUGAAGGUGUAUUAAAACUUGAUUAUUGUAAACUGCAACAAAACUGUCUUGAUCCAUUCAUUCCUGCAACAAAACCAUCUAAAAACCCUAUCCUGUUCCAAAACUCACCAAGUCUAUAUUUAAUUAUUUUUUCUUGUCGAAAGUUGUUGGAUCUCAUUAAAGAAUUUGAUGCAAUUGUAUCCUGAGAGUUCAGAUGAAAUCACUGUUUUUUCAACAAUGUCAAUAUUUUCAAUCAGCUGUAACAGUUUUUCAGCUCUCCUGAAAAAUUUCCAAAGAUGGAGUUGGUGAGUUUUGGAACUGACCAACUCAAUUCUUUCUUUACGCGCAGUUGUAGGAAAAUUAUAUUUUAUUUUUCAAGAAAAAUAUUUUUCAAUUAGACUAUUAAAUAAUAAUACAUUUUCAUAAUUGAGGCGGUAUACGGGAAAAGGGCACAUAAAACUAUAUGCCCUUUUUCCGGAGACUGGUUUAUUAGAUUGGCCAUCUUGUUCUGUAUAUAACCUGACAAUCUCAAACAAAAAUCUUGAAAACUGAUGUUGGUACAACUGUUUAUAAACAGCUGUGUCAGGGAGGGAUUUGGUGGUCAGUGAGACUAUUGCUUCCUAUGUUUAUGUCCAAACCUUCAUCAAAGUCAAAUGAGUUUACUAUCAUGAACUAUUUUAUUAUAAAGAUAAAACAAAAUGGUUCCUCACUGUGCCCUGAGAACUACCAUACUGUUAAUUUCAAACCAUUCAAAUUCUUGAAUGGUCCUGUUCCUGACAUUCUACCACAAGAUUUGCCCUACCCCUAUUUCAAUAUAAUGAUCGAAAACUUUUUUAUAUGUUUAUAACUUUUCAAUUUAAGAGAAAUAUAGCAUUUAGCAUUGAAUAACAUGUGUUUUCUAGUUUAUCAAGCCCAAAUUUGUACAGAAUAAAUUUGUCUUUGGAAAAAGGGUACAUACAACCAAUUUUUCAAACAUAUUUAUUUAUAAUAAAUCAAAAAUAUAAUCAUUCAUCAUUCUUAAUCAAUAUAUUGAAUUUCGAUUUGGUACUAACAGAAUGUUCAAUUCAAUUAUGAAAUACAUUGAUUUAUCCAAACUAAAAACUUGAAUGCGAUUUUCUCAAAAUACAAUUUUGCUCUAUGUACCCUUUUUCCGUAUACCGCCUCAAUUUAGAUUAGAAAUUUUGUUGAUUAGCUAUAUUUCUUCAUUCUUGAAACUUGUGAAACGAUCUGGCAACGUUACGGAGCUGGAGAAGGAUAGCGCUAACUGCUUUGUGAAUAAGAGAAAAGGAAAGCAACACCAAUGCUAAUCAAAUACUGCCAUUAUAACGUGGACCUUACAAAAAAAUUAACUAUUUUAUUGAUGAAAACUUUUGAACUUUUCCUGUGUCUUCUGUCAUCGUGAUCGAUGAAACAAUGAAAUGAAGCCUAAAAUCGAGUAAAAUCUUGAAACUGUAAAAUCUUACAGUAUUCGACUUUGUUCCAAUAUUUUGAUCACCCGUUUGAAGAACCUCAAGUUUGAUCAUUGGUUUGAUCAUGGUCAAACAUAACCGGUAUUGGUUAAACUACUAUUUGACCAUUUUCAAAUGUCUUGAAUGAGGUUGGUUAAACUGAGCAUGAGAGACAUAGUAGAUAGUAUUAUUAUGUGACUGUAAGGGCCGUUUGCACAGUAUAGAUUGCUAAACUCGAUUAAGUUAAUCGAGUUUAAA